AACACUGGGCAUUCGACUCCACUCGCUCGAAGGAACGGACCGACAGACCGGUGAGAUACUCUGGGUUCUCUCAACCUACAGGCAACACACUUGAAAGUGCUCGUUUAUCAGGUUCAGUCCGAGUUUGAGACUGCUCUGUGCCUUGUUCGACCGCCAAGUACGUGUAGCUAGGAUUCUUCGAAGGCAGCUCGACAACUUCACUCUCACUUCUCCAACGGACCGCCGCUUUCAUCACCGUCGCCGCUACUUUGCCUCGUCGACGACAGUGGUUGUGAGCCAAGUUUUAGUUUUUAGAGCACGGUGCACUCUGGCUUGCCCCUAGCCGCGGCCCAGAUUCUAUUUCUGAGGUUGAAACUCCGGGAAAAGCACCGUCACAGUACACAGGAUCUCGGCGUGGAUCCACCGUUUUGCCACAACGAUGGAUGAUCUCGACGCCCUGCUGGCAGACCUGCAGCAGACGACGGCCAACCUAAGCAACGGAGGCUCCCCGAUGUACACCAAUGUGCACCGCCCCCUGGGGGGGCCGCUCAGCAACGACCUCUCCUCCACCCGCACCGUCACCACGGAGCGCUAUGACUACAAGCCCACUCCAGAUAAGGCCACCUCGCCCAUUUACCAAAACCAGUACAUAGUGCGUGAGGUGACGACCACCACGACCAAGACGUCGUCGCCCUCAUCGCCCAAGUCCCCCCGGAGCAGCCGCCUGCUGGACGGUGCCGGCAGCCCCCCCACUCCCCGGAGGUCCCCCCUGGGCAACAACCUUUCCGAGCUGGAUAACCUGCUGGAGGACCUCAACACGGCCAAGUUCCCCCCGCCGGCCAUCACCACCCCGUCCCCACCGACGUCCAGAAGGAGAGUGGUGGAGGUGACGCACGAGGUGACGUCCCACGUGCCCAAUGGCCAGCGGUCGCUGUCCCCGACGUCUCCGGUCCGAUACCGGCCGCCAUCGUCGCCACGCUCGUACGAGAUGGAGCCCACCAUGGAGUACCUCCUCGACGACCUCCAGAACGCCGUGCCGCACCCCACGCAGCCCACCCGUCCACCUCCCGCAAAGGCAACACGUACAUACACGAGUCCGACGCCGACUGCAUCCUCUGCCACUAAGGAAUUGGAUGACCUCAUGGCAUCACUCUCCGACUUCAAUCUGAACGGCCAGGGGCCCCAGUCGCCGAUCCAGCCUCAGCAGCUGCAGCAGCUCCAGGGCUCGCCCACGCCCGUUAGCGAUCCGGCAUACGCCAAGCCGCACAGGGUGGUGCCCAAGGGCAACCGAGCCAACCAGCUGGAUUCCAUGUUGGGCACCCUGCAGUCCGACCUCACCAAGCAGGGGGUGAACACCACCGCCAAGGGCCACUGCUCGGCCUGCAACAAGCCCAUCGUCGGACAGGUGGUGACGGCCCUGGGGCGCACAUGGCACCCCGAGCACUUCACGUGCGCCCACUGCAACCAGGAACUGGGCACCAAGAACUUCUUUGAGCGGGACAAUGAGCCCUACUGCGAGACAGACUACCACAACAUCUUCUCGCCCCGCUGCGCUUACUGCAACGGGCCCAUCCUCGACAAAUGCGUGACGGCCCUGGACAAGACCUGGCACCCGGAGCACUUCUUCUGCGCCCAGUGUGGCAAGCAGUUUGGCGAGGGGGGCUUCCACGAGAAGGACGGCAAGCCCUACUGCAAGGAGGACUACUUCGAGCUGUUUGCCCCCAAGUGCGGCGGCUGCAACCGGCCCAUCACCGAGAACUACAUCUCCGCCCUCAACGGGCAGUGGCACCCCGAGUGCUUCGUCUGCCGCGACUGCCGGCAGCCAUUCAAUGGCGGCAGCUUCUACGACCACGAGGGGCAGCCGUACUGCGAGACCCACUACCACGCCAAGCGGGGCUCACUGUGUGCCGGGUGCCACAAGCCGAUCACGGGGCGCUGCAUCACGGCCAUGUUCCGCAAGUACCACCCGGAGCACUUUGUCUGCUCCUUCUGCCUGGGACAGCUGAACAAGGGCACCUUCAAGGAGCAGAACGACAAGCCUUACUGUCACGCCUGCUUCGAGAAGCUCUUCGGCUGAGACCGCUCUAGCCUCCGUCGCCGGAUCUCUUUUCCGGCGCUUUAAAACUCGGGGUCUUUAACUGUGUUUCUUCCUCGUCAUGUCCUCCCUCCCAGCUUUGCAGAUUUGUAGACGGCUCCUUUGGAUGCCUAUGUCUGCUGUCGCAGAAACUCGUUUGGUGUGUGUGACCUCUAACGAAUUUCCAAGGUCGAAUGGCUGUGUUUCUUUGGCUCUCGUCCGCGUUGCUUUGACACGGACUUGCGAUCCGCCCAAGGUGCGGCGAGUGCUUGUUUACGUUUAAGCUCCUUAAACAGGGCAGUUGAAUCGCGUUUGUACUCCGAAUUCUCGUAAUCAAGGAGCUUCAAAAAUUGCUCUGGAGCGCCAAGUUUUUUUUGGCUUGCCAAGAUCUUGUUUGUGAAGUCCUCGACGUAACUGGCUUCCGACGACGAAAAGCCCCGACUUUCUAGCCUUUGGCUGUUUGUUCUCAGUGUUGCAGCAUCAACAUUUUACGUCUUUGAAUUACCGUAUAAUUACAAAAACUUUCUUUGACUUCGAAUUUUUUGUUUUUUUGCUUGUUGGGUUUUGCAUUUUUGGAGCAAACAUCCAGAUUUGGUGUCUUCCACCACAGCUCUUUACAUUUCUCGAGUCAUAGUCAAGAACUGUCGGACUCUUGAUCACUUUGCACCCUCUGUCACAGAAACAAAGUCUGCAGUGAUUGAUUGGAAAAGGAAUCGAAUUCAGACUCCCUAAACUAUAAUAUUACAGUGUUUAGUCUUUCUCCCGAAGAAAUGUACCAGUACAAACAUACACUUGACAUUUGUAAUGCUCUUCGGUGCAUUUUUUACAACAACGGUGCCAAAGUCAACAAUGAAUUUUUCGCUUGUAUGCAACAUAUUACCCAGUUGAAGGUCGCUUUUGUCUUCAAACAAAAUAUCAACGACUCCAACAUGAAUUAUGAAGGUAGAAGCGACGGAAGCCAUUUUUAGGAAAUAGCCAUUCGCAUCUCAAGACUAAAUGUCUAGCAGUUACGUUAACAUCCUUAUACAUGCACAGAGUACUAGUAGUACUUCCACGACACAGUUAUCAGAAGACAAAAUGGUGGUUUUUUGCACCUCGUAAGUGUACUUCCUAAUGAAAUAGUAACCGAUAACUCUCUUUAAAUCUCUAAACUGCUUUUUUUUUCCAAAUUAGAUUUUUUUUACAUUUUUAUAUUCUCUUAUAAUAUUUUUAUUUUUUUUAUAUUUCAGGUGAAAUUCGAGUAGCACUCUACAGGAAACCAAAUUUUUUUAUGGCGCUGUGCUUGAUGUGCAAACAACUAUCGGUAUUUACUGCUUAGUACUCAAGAGCUGAAAAAAAAAAAAGACUGCUGGCUGUGGUUGUCUUUUCUGUAGAUUCAUAAUUCUAAGUUCUUACUCUGGACCACAGGUCCUUACUUAGUUUACUUUUUGAUGUUGCGGUUUUGCAAACUUGUUUUCAUUAAAACUUUUGUGGUUUAUUUUAAGAUAUAUUCAUGAGGGAAGGAAACAACCCUGCUUUGAUGUCAGUAAAAAGAAACUUCAUUUCUCUUCCUUUUUUUUUUUAAAAGAAUUAGGAGAUACAAGGUUUUUUAAGUCUUGUACUACCUUGCAGCACGAAUACUGCAGGCUGAUUUGCACGCAUGUUUUUGGCAGAAGCAGGACUUUUAGCAUACCUUCAAUUUUACUUUGUGACUGCAAGCAUUUCACCUUUAUGUUUUGUUGAAUUUGGCAGCAAUGCUCUCUGUUUUGACAUGGGGAAUUUUCAGCAAGUCUCUGAACUUUUUUUUUUUUUUUUUUUUCGGCAUCCACAUCUCAUUACCAAGUUGACUACUUUAGUUCUUGAAGAAAGAACACUUGAACGGCAUUUUCUAUGAAUAGCCAACGUUGAGCAGCUGCAGAGCAUUUUCCACCCCUUUGCAGGCAGUGCUGUGUUUUGCAAUGUGGCAGUCUUUCUUGCUCAAAUGGUUGUUGGUCUCUGCAUGGUUGGUCCCUGGAAAAUUAUUUGAGGUUGAAGUUGUGACACUCUGUAUCUUGCACACCACUGUAACAAGUCACCUUGUUUUAUCUUUGUUUCCGUCCUUUGGGUUUCUUGUUGUCGCAUUUUCUUUUGUCACAAGCUGUGGACAGUUGAAAUAUGUUUCCCAAAUGUGUUAGUCACUGCUUUUUAGUGGGCCUUUCACGAUAAUGGCUGCAAUUAUGUACAUGAAACAUUUUAUGCACAGUGCAUCUCCUUGGUCUCCAUAGGAACUUUUAUUUUCAUUUGCAUGCAAGUUGUGAUUUGAAAUUUUGGCAAUAUAUACAUAUAUAUAUAUAUAUAUAUAGUAUAUAGCUUUUUAAAACAAUUUCCUUUCAGAUUUUGUUCUUUGGUCUGUCAGGCAUUGCUUCUGGGUUAUUGACGUUGUAGUGCUGUGGCUUCAUCACUUUUUUUUUCUUCAGUGUUUAGGUUUUUACUGGAACUCUAGAUUGUGUUUCUUUUUCCUUGAUUUAGUUGGUGGGUAGCCAAGUCAUUGCAACAGUAUCCUGCAAGAUACCCUUUGACCGGUAACACUUGACCUAUGUUCAACAACGAGACAUUUAAUUGAUUGUGUGCAUUUUGUAAUAUCGGUGCAACUGCAUGGCAUGUGUUACCGCCAAGGAAAACUUUUAAACUUUUGCUGUAAUAUUUAAGCGAGAGAAAUAAACAAGACCUGCAAUUGUUAGUACUA